AUGGAGCCCACUGAAGAACCUUGUCAGAUUCGCAGAGAUAAGUUUUUAGAAGUUCCUAAUCUGCCAGAUUCUGUGUGUGAAGAUGAAGAAGUUAAAGCGACCUUCAAGCCCAGCUUCUCCCCUCAGCUAAGCAGACGAGGAUCAGGAUCUUCUGAAGACACAUACCUGGACACCCCAACUUCAGCGUCCAGGAGGGUUUCCUUUGCCGACAGUCUUGGAUUCAGUCUUGUGUCCGUUAAAGAAUUUGAUUGCUGGGAUUUACCAAGUUCAACCGAUUUUGACUUAAGUAGGAACAUCUUCCACACAGAAGAAUAUGUUUUGUCUCCACUGUUUGAACUGCCCUCUUCUAAAGAAGAGCUUAUGGAACAGCUUCAAGUACAGAAAGCAGUGCUGGAGUCAACUGAACACCUUCCCGGGGCGACAAGUGUGAAGGGCAUUAUUCGAGUUCUGAACAUUUCUUUUGAGAAGUUAGUAUAUGUGCGCAUGUCCUUGGAUGACUGGCAGUCCCAUUAUGACAUUUUAGCAGAAUAUGUUCCUAAUUCAUGUGAUGGUGAAACUGACCAGUUUUCUUUUAAGAUUUCAUUGGUUCCUCCAUAUCAAAAAGAUGGCAGUAAAGUUGAGUUUUGUAUACGCUAUGAAACUUCUCUUGGUACCUUUUGGUCAAAUAAUAAUGGUACCAAUUAUGUACUGAUUUGUCAAAAGAAAAGUAAAGAACUGGAGCCCGUAAAACCAUUGGAAGAAGCUUCUAGUAGACAAAUAAAAGGGUGCUUAAAGGUAAAGUCAAGCAGUAAAGAAGAAUCACUGCUAACAUCCGAAGAAAAUAAGCUUGAGAAUUUGAAGUUCACAGAUGCCUACAUCCCAACAAUCAUUUGUUCUCUUGAGGACAAGGAUGACUUGGGAGCCAGUCACCAAAAUGUAGAAGGUAUCAACAGGGAGCAUGAUGAACAUAAUGAAAAAGAAUUAGCCUUGAUGAUAACCAACGGCUGAUAAACUUCCCAGGAUGAAAAGAAGACAUUUUCAACAGAUCCAGUCAAUUUCACAUAUAAAGCCGAGGGGUCCGAGGAGAGGCAAGGUUACCAUGGAAUUCAUACUGACUUGUUCAGAAGGCCUUUGUCUCCAAGUUUCCAAAGAAAUUCCCUUAAGAAAGAUUUCUAUAACAGCAAAAACUAUUCCCCAGAAGAAUAUGGUCAUACACCUUCAGAGGAGAUGCCUUCCCAUGUGAGAGAGAAUGGGCCCGCACUGGGAGAUGCUAGCUCUGAUGAAUUAACGCAACUGAACAUCUGCAGCAAGAUCCUUGAUGACAAUGCCAACCCAGCCCACAGGAGUGACAAAGUGCAAACAGUAUCUCCCUCCUGUGACCAGCUAAUGGCAGGCGGUCUUCAGAAGAAUGAAGCAGGAGUCAAGAAAACUGGAAUAAAAGAUUACAAAUAUUCAAGAAGUGAUUUCUAUUUGGAGGCAUCCACAAAUCUGGAAGAAUCAAAUGAAUCUUCAAAAGAUGAUUACACCAAGGGCAAUGUUGCAGAGGAGCAGAAUACAUGCUUAGGUGUUAAUGAAAAUCAAAGGACGAAUUUUCAAUCAAUAUUCCAGAACCAAGAGAGACAAAUGGGGCAUCCCAAAAUACACAUUGAAGGGACUAAAGAGAAUAACAAAGAAUUAACCACUCUACAAAGCAAAGACUCUACAGCUACUCCCUGGACAGUGACAGUAGAUCCCUCUCCUUGACAAAGAAGAAGUGAAUUGGAGAGAAGCUGGGCAAACAGUACCAAUUUGGAACCAAGAGCUUCUCAUAUUGGUUCACCAAGAAAUGGCAAUGUUCUGACGGAUGAUUCUUUUCAAGGUGAGAGGGGAAAAUCAGAUGCUAGUAGUCCGGAAGAUCAGCAUAUGAUACACAGCAUGAAAAAUUGGAAUGUUCUGGAAACUCAGCCAGAAACAAGAGGGAUUGAAACAAAUAUAACCAAGCAGAUCAAAGAACAAGCAGAGUGUAAAGACGUGUGGGAAAAAAGAGACGAUUGUAGAGGUCUGAAAGCUCCCCCUGCAGAACAAUUGUUUACCUGCCAGGAGACAGAGGGCUAUAAACUGUCUUCUCCAGCUCAUCAUGGUAUUACUGAGAAAGCAGAAGCACUUACAGCUUAUAUAAUUAAGACAACAUUAGAAAAGUACUCCAGAAAGCAUGUCUGCUAGAGGAAGGCAAUAAUUGCUAAGCUACCUCAAGAGACAGCAAAAAAUGACAGGCCCAUCGAGGUAAAAGAAACAGCGUUUGAUCCACAUGAAGGCAAGAGGAUGAUUCACAUUAUAACCCUUUGUCAUGGAGAUACAGCAGGUGUAAUCCAUGUCAAUGAUUUUGAAAAGGAAUCCUAUUCAGCUAUUUGUAAUGUAUAUGUAGAUGAGGAGAGGAGGCAACCACAAUCACCACGCAAUCCUAGGAAGACACUUGACAAGGAACAACGUGGAAUUGGAAUUGUAACAUCUACAGAACGAACCCACAGGUUCGUUACAGGCAAUCAAAAAGCUAUGUCAAACCUGGAUUUACAUUUGGGAGUGUUACCAACAGACAAAGCAAUAUUCCUGGAAAAUAAAGGUUUGGGCUUGCUUCAGGAAUCAUCACGGAGAACAGACUACAAUGCGGUUCAUUCUGCAUAUUCAGACAGUACCAGCACUUCUCAGAGCAGCCCUCAAGUUUACAAAUGCCAGUCGAAAACUUCAGAACCCUCUUCCGGAUGGCCAGUUACUGAAGAGAAAGCAGUUACAAGCACAAUACUCCAGUCCUUUCCUACCAAACCAGAUUAUACUUGCCAUCCAGAAAGUGAGAUCCUGGGCCAUGCCAUGUCUAAAUCUGAUGAUGCCAAAAUUUCGGAAAUAAUGGAAUCUGAUAGAGGAAGAGAAAGACAUGUAGGUCGGAUUCCACAAAAAGAAGGUAAAAGCUUGGAAAAUCUCAAGGCCCAAUGAUUUUAAUCAGUGAAACCUCUUGAGAAUCUGGAGGAGGCAAGGUCUGACAUUGAAGAAGUGAUGUGUUUUGAAAAGUCACAAAGCCAUUCAGAUGACAAAGGGUCAGAGAGCCCUGCUUCUGCUACUUUGACCAGAAUGUCCAAGGUCAGGUUACAGAAAUCUCUGCUCUCUGCCAUACAUCAACUCUAAAUACCUUAUUUCCUUUUGUUUCUGAUAUUUCUAGUGACCAUCUACUACUAUGACUUAAUGAUUGGCUUGGCGUUCUACAUUUUUUCCUUGUACUGGUUAUACUGGGAAGGGGGAAGGCAAAGAGAGUCAGUCAAAAAGAAGUGA